UAUACACGGCGCAUUCCUCAGCGUUUUCCGUCGAAUUAAAAACCCAUUGGCUUAUAUCGGAGCAGCUAUAAUACACGACAGGAGUUAUAACAGUGAUAACGCGGUCCUCCGAGCUGCCGCGAUUGCCUCGUUUUUGUGGUGACGAGUGGUAUAAUUGUCACGUUAUUAUGUUAUUAGUUGUAACUUAUAACUGUACCAGUAUUGAAGUAUCGCUUUAACAGGAAUUUAAGAAGCGAUUUCCUCGUUAUUAAUCUACUGAAACCAUCGACACCUGUUUUCUGAAACUCGCAAUAAAAUGGCAUCAAACCACGAACAAAUGCACGCGCAAUUUAUGAAAACUUUUAGAAUGAAUUAUGAAAAAUCUGAUUCAAGUUCCAGUGAUGAUGACGAUCUUGAUCGUCAAGGAUAUAAGAAGUGUUCGGGCUGUACAGAUUGGGAUCACCAAUUAAUAUAUUGUUCGGCUUGUAAAAGGUCAUAUCACAAUAAUUGCCAUAUUCCUCCUCUCCCAGUCGCUAUGUCGUAUACAGAUUUAGCGUCUUAUGAAUCUUGGAUAUGUACAAUGUGCGUUAACAUAGAUGGUAUAUCAAAAGUCAUAAGUGAAACAAAGAGUGAUUCCAAUAAAAAAAGUCUCAAUAAGAACGAGAUGAUUAUGGCAUCACGCAUAUUAUUAGAGUUGAUUGGCGAUGAGAAAAACAGUUUUCUGUUUAUGAAUAUUCCAUUUAAGUAUAGUGAUCCCCAUUACUAUAAAGUGGUUUAUAGACCAGUAUCAUUAAACACUGUAAAAGAACGAUUAUCAUCUGAGAGCAAUUGCUAUACUUCACUCUCCGAAGUAAUAUUAGAUAUUAAAAAAAUAUAUUCAAACUAUUUAUUCUAUUAUCAUGCUUCUGAUCCAUAUUAUGCAAUGGCUCAGAAACAAGAAAAGUUGUUAUUGGAAAUGCUCAAUAAAUGGAUACCAUAGUACCAACACUGCCAUAGUUCCACAGUACUUCCAAAUAUUAAAAGUGAAUAAGUUUAAAGAAUUUUAAUUGAAAUGUGGUAUGAAAGUAAAUAUGUGGAAAGAUUAUAGGCUUAGUUUUUAUAUUUAAGUACUUUUAAAAAUGUAUUAAUUAUUAUGUAUAUAAUAUGCAUUUUUAUACAGCUCAACAUAAUUUAUCCUAUUAAUGAUACCUGUUAUUUGAAAGUUCAUCUUCGCCAAACCUAUUCACACCUUCCAUUUCACAUUCUUACAUCCAAACAAAUCAUAUUAUGUUCAAUGAAUCAAUUUGUAGAUUAAUGUGUGAAGUCAAUUUGAACCCCUAUUCUGUGGUUUAAUAAAUUCUAUGUUAAGAGGGCGCUACACCUGCAUUCUUUCUCUCUGUCUUACAAACGCAUAACAUAGCAUAUUGUACGCUCAGCAGAUCACGUUUAGCCGUGUUAGUUUAAAAAUUAGUGUGAUUUGAUGUCUUAUACAAAUUAAAAGUAAGAUUAUUAUCUAGUGAAUCUUGUAAGGUUUUUUUAUAUUUUAAUUUUAAAGCAAGUUAUGAGUAUUUUAAAAUUGUAAAUUGUUUGUGCAUUUUAAAAUACUUAUAACUUUCUUUAAAUUUAUAUUAUAAAAAAAACAUGAGGUUCACUAGAUAAUAAUCUUGCCUUUAAAUUUUAUAAGAUGUCAAUUAACACCAAUUUUUAAAUUAACAGAGUAAAUGUGAUCUGCUGAGCGUUCAAUUUGCUAUAUCAUGCGUUUGUAAGACAGAGAACACAUGCAGGUGCAGCAACCUCUUAACGCCGUUGUGUACCGUUUAGGUAACCAUAUCUUUAAAUAGCUAAAUUGUAAUUAUGUCUACCCUUUAUAAAAAAGGUUUGCUCAUAGAACAAUAAUAUCACAUCAUACAUAAAUACAAUUUAUAUCUAAUAUUUCAUAUUUAUUCUAAACUUCUAUAAUUUUAUUAUAAGUGACUCUUGAGUUGAAAGUUUAGAGCUAGUAUUGUAUUAACUUACAAAUGAUAAUAUCAAUUUUAUACUAAUUAGAUAAAAGAUAGAAUGUAUUAUUUAUUUAUUUAUUGGAAAUAUGAAUACUGGGCCCCACUGAGACACUCAUAGUCUAAUUUGUAACUUUUAUAUUGGAAAUUAAUUAACAAUUUGUACAGUCUGUAAAAAUUUUAAACUAAUAGCUAUUGUAAUUGAUAUAGCAUAAGGUAUAUUACAUAGUAACGAUAAAUCUAGAUAAUAAUAAUUAACAUCUCUAAAUAUUAAUUUACAUUUUUGUUACUAUAUUUAAUUAGUAAUUAUAUUACUGAAACUCUGUGAAAUCAGUAAUUAGACAAUCUGUUAAAAGUCUAUGAAAAUUAUAAUAAGGUUUAAGUUAAAUAAUUCUACUGGAAACAUGUUAGCACUUUUAUAUCCUGGCAUUUCAAAUUGCAUCUUAGUAAUCGUUUUGUGGUUUACCUUUCUUAUAAAAUAUUUUUUUGGAAAUCUUGUAUUGACAUUAUGUUUAAGUUUAAAUUGUUUAAAGAGUUAAUGUUUUUUUUUUAGAUAAGUUACUUAAGUCUUUUAGUUUCCAGAUUUUUGGAAAGGAACUAUUAUA